CCCAUCGUCUCGUCGAUCGCAACCGUCCCGAACGCAAGCAUGUCCAGCAGCCACCUUCCCUUCGAUAUCAGCCAUCCGAUCGAGAAGGACAUACUCGAGCCGUUUCUGUAUCUAUGGCGACAGCGCGGCAAGGAAUUCCGCUCCAAACUGAUGAACGCUUUCGAUGCGUGGAUUCAUGUUCCUCCUGAGAAACUUGCCGUCAUCCGCGAUGCCAUCGAAAUGCUCCACAACUCGAGUCUACUCAUCGACGACAUCCAAGACAACUCAGACUUGCGUCGUGGCAUUCCAGUCGCCCACAAGAUUUACGGCGUGCCUCUCACCAUCAACUGUGCAAAUCAUGUAUACUUCCUGGCACUGCAAAAGCUGCUGCAGCUCAACUGUGCUGAAAUCGUCAAGGUCUUUACAGAAGAGCUCCUGCUUCUGCAUCGGGGACAGGGAAUGGAGCUGUACUGGCGCGACAGCUGUAUCUGCCCCUCUGAGGAGGAAUACCUGGAGAUGAUUGGAAACAAAACGGGUGGAUUGUUGCGCCUGGCCGUCAAGAUGAUGGAAAUCGCCUCGGGAUGCAAAUCCGACUACGUUCCCCUGGUAGACAUUCUUGGGCUUCAUUUCCAGAUCCGCGAUGACUACAUCAAUCUCCACUCCAAGACGUACACAGAGAACAAGGGCUUUGCCGAAGAUCUGACCGAGGGCAAGUUUUCGUUUGUGCUGAUUCACGGCAUCAAGCACAACAAGAACGAGUCCGGACAGCAGAUACAGAAUAUACUUCGACAGAGGACCAAGGAUGUGUCUGUCAAGCAGUAUGCGAUCAAACUGCUGGAGGACAACGGGUCGUUCGAAUACACCCGCAACUACCUCUUCGAUAUUGAGAAGAAGGCCCUCGACGAGAUAGCCCGGCUCGGGGGCAACCCAGCCCUGGAGGGCAUCAUAGGUUUCCUGCGAACUGAAUACAGCGUACCCAAUUGAAACAGGACACCCUGCUUUGAGCCGGGGUUGUCGUUGAUUUGUGGUCCUGAAUAUACACACACUGCUCAUCGCUA